UGCUGUCAAACUUUAAAGGAGUUCUCUACUCGCUGUCAGUUCUCGUUUUCAACUCGAACCUGAAGGCGACCCUCCUCCACCCCAGUCACCUCCCGGCAUCAACUCCUUUCUUCACCACCACCAGUGUCUGGACUCCAGGGGGGAUUCUGUCGGAUCAGAACUCAGCAAAACAAUAUUCAGUAUGCUGGCCUGUCGUAACAACAAUGGGCGUUCCCAGAAAUGAGGCUCCGCCCACUCAGCUUGGCCGCUUCUUGACGAGUGUGGAACGAGAGGGCCGAGCACCGCCACAACAACACUUUCACAACAACUCCGACCCCCGACGCGUGUGGCGAGGCGUCCAGGCCAUCACGGAUUAAAAACCCUCCAAUACCACCCCCUCCUACCAGAGACGCCUCCCUCCCUGAUGAGCUCAACAACUUGUAUGCUCGCUCUGACAGGGACAACCAGGACCAGGAGACUUUGCACCCUGCAGACCACCAGCCGCGCACCCUCUGCCCCACCGACGUGUGCACAAGGAGGAUCAUCUCCGCCUUGCUGAAUACAUCUGUAGGCCUACGGGUGCGAGGACGGUUCACGUGUCCAGUAAUAUGGCUGAGAUGUUCGCAGACGCCGUCACCCUGGUCCUGCUGAGAGAAGCCAGGGAGACGGUGAGCGGCAGCCCCCUGGGUGUCAUCAACACUCCCAUGAUCCCCUGGUGCCAGACAACCCUGCCUCUCGACAUCCACUGCAACCUUCACAUCAAACUGGAGAACAUGCAGAGAACUGGGUCGUUCAAGAUCAGAGGAGUGGCCAACCAGUUUGCCAGGAGACCGAGGGGGGGUCAUUUUGUCACCAUGUCUGCAGGGAACUAUGGGAAGUCUUUUGCAUACGCCUCUAAACACUACGGGUCAAAGGGCAAGGUGGUGAUGCCCGAAACGGCCCCUGUGUCCAGAUCCAUCCUGAUACAGAGUUUCGGGGUGGAGGUGGAGCGCGUGCCCACCUCCUGUCUGAUGAAUGUGGUGAACCGCUGCGUUCAGGAGGACGGCAUGACCUUCCUGCACUCCUACGAUGACCUGGAUCUAAUAGCAGGACACGCCAGUCUGGGUAUGGAGGUGCUGGAGGUGAUGCCCGACCCUGAUGUGGUGGUGGUGUGCUGUGGUGGAGGAGGGCUGCUGGCCGGUGUAGCCGCUGCCAUCAAACUGUCAGGCUGCGAUAAGACCAGAAUAUAUGGCGUGGAACCAGAUGGAGCCUGCACCAUGCACAGAAGUUUCAUUGAGAAGAAGCCAGUGUGCAUGGACACCAAGAGCAUCGCCUCAGGACUUGCACCACCUUUUGCAGGCACACUGCCCUUCGAGUUGUGUCAGCGUUACGUGGAGGGGAUUGUCCUCAUAAAUGACGAGGAGAUCACGGCGGCCGUGUCCACCCUCUACAGGUCUGGCCUUGUGGUGGAGCCGUCGGGCUGCGCUGCCUUCGCGGCCAUCGUUAACGGCAAGAUACCCGAGCUGGAGGGGAAGAACGUGGUGUGCAUCCUCAGCGGAGGGAACAUUGGAAAGGAGGAGCUCGUUAACUUCCCAGGCUGACAAGUGCACACUAAUAUAAUAUGACUUUUCUUAGUGUUAACACACUUUGAAAAUUUUAAAAAAACUAUUCAGGUCUUUCAAUGUGGAGAAUCAAAAUAAUUCCAGUUUUUAAAUGGACCAUAAUGUGUGUUUUUUUUUUUUUACAAUUUUCUAGCCAAACUCUCUUGAGGAGCAUCUGAGUACCACAAUCUCAAGUAGAUCAGCAAACAUUCCAUGUGUCAUUUGGUUUGUUCCAAUGUGUGCAACUGCAUGAUUCAAUAAACACCUCA